UAAUUUUUCGCUUGACAUUUGUCUGUUUUGCGUUCAUUUGAAUAAAAAUAAAUAUAUUUAAUUAAAUUUAUUAAGGAAACAUAAAAUUUAAGAAAGAUCUAACAUGGAACAAAUUCUUUUUUAGAAUUUUCAAGUCACUCCUUAUGAGACACCAUCUGUCUAUCUAUCUCACGCAGUCUCAAUAUUUUGGAACGGCUUCCACAUACAGGAGCAGAGGAAUAUAUCAUUUAGUACAUAGAACACCCAGAGUAGGAGCAAAAACCGAAAACACCCGAAGUACACUCUCUUGCUGGGACAAUUUUAGUUUGAUUGCUCAAUCGUUCACACGUACACAAUUUUAAAUCUGUUGCUUGCAUAAAUAAAAUUGAAUAAUAUUGAGUUAUUAUCAAUUUUUAUAGAUUUUAUAUAUAUAUAUAUAUAUAAUAAUAAUAAUAUAAAUUUAAAUUUCUACACUUGUCUGUGACGUGAUAACCUAAAAAGUACUCGAAUUAUUUAUUAUUCCAUCAACUAUUCCAAAAUGAUUAAUUCAUCGGAUCCACGGCGUCCUGACAAAGAAAUUCGAUACAAACCAUCAGUAGUAAAUAGCCAGGUUCAACCAGGUGAUGAUUUAACACCAGAUUACAUGAAUAUUUUAGGAAUGAUAUUCAGUAUGUGCGGACUUAUGAUGAGACUAAAAUGGUGUGCAUGGGUUGCAUUGUAUUGUUCUUGCAUCAGUUUUGCAAAUUCACGAGUUAGUGAUGAUACUAAACAAAUUUUAAGCAGUUUUAUGUUAUCUAUAUCCGCUGUAGUGAUGUCAUAUUUACAAAAUCCACAACCUAUGACACCACCAUGGUCUUCUGUAAUCCAAUGAAAUUAUUAUUAUUAUUAUGUAUGGAAAUUAAUUUGAUCAAAUUAGAAGCAGUCAGUGUUUUGAUGAAGGAAAAGUUUAAAGAAUAAAUUUUGUAAAUAAAGUUUUUCAAU